AUGCACCCCUUCUCUAUUCUCACACUUGCGAUUUUCGUAGCCGGCUACAUCACUGCGAGGUGGGAUCUGGUUACUAGACUUUAUGAGCUUGCAAUAUUCGCAUGGGAUCACGGAGUAGUGGCACGAACUUUGAAAGGAUUCGCGAUUCUUUCCCUCUUCUUCUUUUUAUUCAUUAUACCCGUAGAAAGGCUCGCGUCGAGGGAGACGACACUAGUAAAGAAGCAUUACAUCUACAAUCAUAAGCCUAGCUAA